AUGGAUUACCAGGGACAAAACCUAACCUUGACAUAUGAAAAUGGCCAGGAAGUCACGGUAGAGUCCGUUGCCAUGGUUCGAAUGGGAGCAAACUUCACUGGUGUGCGAACUGGCGAAGGCUUUUACACACUUUUCUGUGAUCCCGACGCUUCGAUAGGUGUUGAACCACCAGCAACAACCGAAGUGCCGCCACAGUUUCCAACUUCGACCAGGACCGAUACCUCCGCAGGCGAUGUGUCCAGUACAAAUACCCUGCCGCCUCUCUCCCCAACAAUUAGCAACUAUCCUUGGCCAGCUGUUAGAGACAAUGGUUCCAACAUAACUUCCGGCUACUUUCUGAACGGGACGGGAUACGACGAUAUAGUUGUGCUUGCCCUUUCGGAAUUCUACCCGCCUGAUAUGGAUCCUAUGGCAUACUUGGUGGAUUUUCAAGCUACCAUCGCCAACCUCCUUGCGAAGUCCCGAGAGCAGAAUAAGACAAAGUUGAUCAUUGACGUUAGCGAGAACGGGGGUGGCCUUGUAGCUGCUGCCUACGAGCUCUUUGCUCAGCUAUUCCCCAACACAACAGCCUUCAGUGCCAACAACAUACGUGAAACCCUGUCCGUCGUCCAAAUAUCGAACGUCUCGAGUGCCGACGCAGUGGAAAUCAAAAAUUUUGACGCCAACACGUUCGACGAAAUCAACCCUGAUGAGACCGCCCGCUUCAAAGCCCUGAGCAGCCUCCACGAAAACAGCAUGGUUGAACAGCUCAUCCCCGGUCAUCUUUUCUCCCCUAUAACCGGCCUCAACCUCACCGCUUCCGAUGCCCUUCUGGGCCCAGUAAUCCUCGAUAACGACACCUUUACAGCAUACCAGUACCAUCCCUGGAACCAAACCGAAGAUGUCUUCAACAUCACCGGCGCAGGUAAUAGAGCCAAUGUCCCUCCCUCCCCCUUCACAGUCGAGAAUAUUGUCCUCCUCACCGACGGCGCUUGUAGCUCUACCUGCGCGACAUUAGCAAGGCUCCUCUACAGCGUCAACGGCACCAACAACGCCAAGAUUAAGAUUAAGACCGCUGUCGUCGGCGGCCGACCUGAUCCUGCUCUUGGAACAGUAAACAACACCAGCACCGGUCCCAUGCAGGCCGUGAGUGGUGUGCCAGGUGCACAAAUCUUCUACUUUUCCAAUUUGCACGAGGCAGCCAAAGCGGUCUUGGUCCUCUCGCCGGAGCUAAACAGCACAACCAACUCGACCGAAAACGAGGAUUUGCUGCUGCUGGCCGAGGGGUACGCAAUGAAGAGGUCAUUGGCGGGGAUCGGUGGUGGUGAGGCGGCAGGGUCGAUCAACGGGAAGAAUGAUUUUGUUUCGCUUGACAAUUUGGAGACUCCGAUUCAAUUUCUGAGUUGGAAUGAGGAUGUCAUUGGGGGUGUCAAUGAGACGAACUACUGCCAUUAUUACUACACGAAAGAGAUGGUGUUUGGGCCGACGAAGGUGUGGGAGAGGGCGGCUGAUGCUUUUUGGGGGGAGGAUGGGGAGGAUAAAUUGUGUUUGCCACUUUCUGACUAG